AUGGCUAUGAUGACAGCGUUUCCUUUCUACCUUAUAGAUGCUGCAGGAGAAUGGUUCUUUUGCUUAUCUGGGAGUAUAACCACAUGGAAUGGGAUGAAGAAGUUAUUCCUUGAGAAGUAUUUUCCGGCAUCAAAAGCAGCAGAGAUUCGCAAGGAGAUUUGUGGUAUUAGGCAAGUAUCCGGAGAGACUCUCUAUGAGUAUUGGGACAAAAAACUUCUCACUAGAUGCCCACACCAUCAAAUUAGCAAUCAACUCGUUAUUCAAUACUUCUAUGAGGGGUUGCUUUCUAAUGAGAGAAAUUUGAUUGAUGUCGUAAGUGGUGGUGCACUUACCAACAAGACCAUUGCGGAAGCUACAAGUUUGUUGGAUAAUAUGGCUGUGAACACUCAACAAUUCUACACUCGAGGUGAACCAGUGGCAAGGAAAGUGGAUGAAGUUGGUGAUUCUUCACAUUUGGAACAUAGAAUGGGCAACAUGGAGAGGAUGAUGCAACAAAUAGCAGCGGCUGAAAUACCAUCAUACACCGAAGAAGUUGAGCAAGCAAGUGCUAUGUACCAAAAUCAGCAAAGGCCAAGAUAUGACCCAUAUUCCAGCACAUAUAAUCCGGGUUGGCGUGAUCAUCCUAAUUUCAGCUACGCCAACAAGCAAGCUGCAGUUUCCAAUCCGCCAUUCAAUCAACAAGGCGGGUACCAAUUCUUGCAGAGGUCGCAACAAGAAGCUCAAGGCAUGAGUAUAGAUGACAAGUUGAAUCUCAUUCUCAACACAAUGACGCAAGAUAAGAAAAAGGCGGAGAUGGAUAUGAAGGACAUCCGAACACAAAUGGGUCAACUAGAUACUACUGUGAGAAAAUUGAAAGCACAAGCAGCUGGAAAACUUCCCUCGCAACCAUUGAAUCCCAGAGAGAUUGUUAGUGCUAUUGAGUUUUGA